GACCAGCCGGGAGACAGUGCGCGGAUGCCGCCGGCAAUCUCCGAGCGGACCGCGGCCGCCAACACAAGACGCUCCUCCAACGCCCGGCCCUGUCCAGGCUCCCUGAACCCGUGUCUCUCCCCUCCCGCCCCGGCCGGCCAGCCAGCUAGCCAGCCCGGGCUCUGUCUCUCUCCCCCAACACCCCGGGGCUGCCUCUGGCAAUAUUUGCUGAGCAAAUGUUACACAAGCGGCUGGGGCCGCUCACGCGGAACCAAGCGGCGGAGCAGCAGCUUCGGUCAACACCAGUGUUCCGAAAAUAAUCGCGAUAUUCUGUCCCCAAAACUUUCCGGCGCCAGAGAGCGCGCGGCGAACACGUCUGGACCCUCCAGCCGCCUCCCCUUCCCCCGGGGAAAGAUUAGCUCCAAAUACCCUGACCAGAGAAAGGGGCACAUCCCGUGGACUUCUGCAUUCCCCCGCCCGUUCGCGAACCCCAACACUUCCCCCACAUCCCGGGAAUCCGACCCCCAAAACCACACAAGGAACGAGACCGCCAGACUCUCCGAGAAUCCGCCGCCGGGGAACGGAUUCCGCCAAGUAUAUAGGGAAGCUAUUCGGUUCCGUGUGAGCCCCGAUCCCGGAGCUCAGGAACCAACGCUUCACCUCUCCUGGAAAAAGUGAGGAUGUUGAAAACUUUGUUUUAUGCGAAUCUACAGGCAACACACUGGCAGGCCAAGAAGAAGAGAGAACUGGUCCUUCUCCACCCUUACACCCAAAUUCCCCUGCCACAGCGUUCCAG